AUGGAGGCCUCGCCACUUACUCGUCAGCCUCCCCCCGAGGUAUUCACGCCCAAGAUUGUAGAGCUAUAUUUCGCCUUGUUCAAGGAAAAUGACGACACCGAAGCAAAGUCAGACGGUUUCUGGACCGAGUUCUUCCUGCUACGACCAGACCGCCGGAGCCUGCGAGCCUUGCUGAAUGAAUUAUCGCCCGCCGACGUCCUGACAUUCGAGGGCCGCACGAGGGAGCUAUUCGGGAAGGCCAUAGCAACUGUGCAGACAGGUCAAGGCCUCGCUCCCCUGCACGCAUUAGACACGUUGAGCAUCUUCCUGUCGUGUCUCCUUUCCAAGAAAUAUCCUCAUCCUAGCUCCGACAUCAUUGCCGUUCUUGCUGGGCUCGACCAUAUCGACGCCGUUUUCACAGACUUUGUGAGCACAUUAGAUGCCAUAGUUCGAAAUGGAGAAAGUGGUAAGAAUGACGAGCACAAUCCCAAUCAAGGCCACAGGGCUGACGUUGCAGAGCAGUCAUGGGAUCUAUUCCCAGCUGUUAUGAAGUUUGUGCAGGACUCAGAAACCCCAGGACAGGUGCUCGAGCCGUUUACUCUGCUGGGUCUGUUAGCAAACUAUAACAAAUUCGAGUUUCAGAAUCCAUAUCAACUCAGAUUCAACGAUUUCGUCAAUGAAGACACCAUCCAGAAAACCAUUCGAUGUAUUGGUUACACGUGCCAGGCUCUUCGCUUAGAUUACAUCGACGUUCAAGACGAUUUACCAGAAGGCUGGACCUUGAGCAACACACUCAAUCUGAUUGGGCUUGGCCUCAUAAUUCGUGGCUCAAAGCCCGAAAAGAAACCAGUCUACGACCCCGAAAUAGCGAAACAACUCUUCUCCAAAUUGCCCGGCGAGAAUGCCGCCGCCCUCCUCGCAUCCUACGAUUUUGCACAUGCCAAUAAGCUUUUCUGCCUCAACUUUGUUUCGCUUCCCGGCGAGAAGGGCGGCGAACGACCGAUUGCAAGCUAUUUGUCACUCACGUCAUACCUGCUUCAACACGCCCAUCUUUCCCACCGGGCUACCUACUACGCGCACCUGAACCUCAUGGUAUUCCGCUUACUGAUCGAAGACUCAGUUACUUGCAAAAAAAUUUGCAGUGACGAAGUAAAGGCUUUUGUCCGACUUUGCCGACACCGGCAACCAUUCUUGUCACUCGUGAAGGGAGAGCGAGUCCUCGCAGCCUGUGUUCUCGACUGCAUGAUUGAUGGGAUCAACCACAACCUUCGUCGACGAUUGGACGUCAGCCUCUACACAUUAUGUCUGGGAAUAGUAUUACGAAUAAUUUCUCAUCUUUCUCGCUCAAGAACGCGCCUGGCCUACCACUGGUCAGAAUUCUUCAGAUCUUUGCUAUCUCUGAUCCGUUUCUUAGCAACCUACGCGUCGGAUCUGAAGGACUUGACGCACAUUAACACACUGCUAGAUCACGUUGUCAAUUUGCUAGCACUCUCCCUGUCUGCAGGCGAAUCAUUCUUGCCAACGCCGGCCGCUUAUGAUGACCUGUUUUACAAAGUAGUUGAAUCCGGUGAAGUUCUGACCAAGUUCAAAGACAGCUAUGGCCUGCAAAAUCGCAAGAGUCAUUCAAUCAACACAUUGAUCAGUGUCAGUACCCAUUACAAGGAGCUGCUUGCCGGCGGCGGCGGCGGCUCUGCCAAGAAGAAACCGAGCCACCUUACGACGCAACAAGUCACAGAAGUUAUUAAGCAGGGAUAUGAAACGCUGAGCAUACAGGCGAAGGAGGGCCUGGAUACUUGGGAUAACUUUAGAGAAGCUGACGAGAGAACGCUUCUGAAAAAGAUGGCAAGGACAUCAGUUGGUGAUGUGAGAAUCAUGGUUGAAAGGCAGACCCUGUAA